AUGAUGCUGGUGGUGUCCACCUAUGCACACUCCGCUGCCGAGGACCAUAACAUAGUGUCCAAGGGAUUCGAGGUCAGUUGUGAUCUAUGUCUAAUGGGUGCUGCCUUAUUCGAUGGAUUCCUAUUGAGAAAUGCUUCAAACGAGGAAGUCAUCAGAGGUUCCACUGAGGUCUGCAUUGGUCUACACCUCGAGAAGCCAGAAGUUUGUUCUGGAACUAUGAAGGCUUACGCACCAAUCGUUUACUAUGUUAUCGUCGAGGACGAACUUGCUCCAUCAGAGAUUUGCUACAAGCUUGGAAUCUGUAGCCAUGACCCCAAUGAGGUGACAGUGAACAAGAUGGUAAAGUCUAGUGAGGUGGCAGAGUCUGCCUUGGACAAGGUUAAGGCUCGUCUCCAGAAGAAGCCAGAGGUCUUGACCGCACCAUCACAACCAAGAUCAGAGACUGGAUUCUCUGGUACCAGCUACAUCCUGCAAUUGGCAGACAUCCAUAUGGACCCAUUGUACACCGUGGGCUCCGAGCCACACUGUGGCGAACCACAAUGCUGCCGCACUGGCAAUGGUACGGCUGGCUUCUGGGGUGACCAUAGCUGCGACAUUCCGCUCUGGACGGUCAAGCAGAUCCUCAGCCAGAUCGUCGAGAUCAACAGGACCAAGCCCAUCAGCAUGGUCAUCUGGUCGGGCGACAACUCGCCCCACGAUGUCUGGAUGAUGGACGAGCAGACUCAGAUCACCGCCAUCCAAGUGAUGUCCGAUCUGAUCCACGAGUACUUCCCCAACACCAUUGUGAUGCCAUCGUGUGGCAAUCACGAGUCCUACCCAAUGGAUGAGUUCCUGCUGCCACAACAGCAGUGGUUGCUGGAUACGCUGGCCGACUCAUGGCAACAAUUCCUCACGUCCGAGGAGGUGGCCACAGUCAAGAAGGCUGGAUACUUCACUUCGGUGCUUCAGCCAGGUCUGCGCGUCGUCUCCCUGUUCACGUUCGACGCUGAUAUCCUCAACUUUUACAACUUGCUCCGUCACUCCAACGUGAACAUUCGCGACAAUCAAACCGAUUGGUUCAUCAACACGCUGGAGCAGGCUGAGGCACACAACGAGAAGGUGUUGGUCGUGGGCCACAUCCCCUGCACGUUCUACCCACUGCCCACCAACCAUUGGUGUCGCAUCUACGAGGCGAUCGUCGAGCGCUUCAGCGAUGUGAUCGUAGGCCAGUUCUACGGUCAUACUCACUUUGAUCAGUUGGUCGUGUUCACCGACACAGCCACACACAGCACGGCCACCGGCACCAACUACGUCGCGCCAAGCAUGACCACUUACGUUGGCCACGACCCAGCCAUCCGUCUGUACGAGUUCAAUUAUGACACCAUGGAGAUCACCAACUGGUACCAGUACCGCACGAACAUCACCGAGGCCAACAUCUCGGGCAACUUGACCAUGGAGUUGGCGUAUACACCAAUUGAUCUAUACCAGAUGCCUGACCUGUCCAACGCGGCCUGGUUCAACCUGACCCAACGCUUCCUGCACAAUGACACCCUGUUGGACGACUACUACUUCCAACUUCGCAGUGGACCACACACCACCUGGAUGGAGCAAUGUGAUUCCGUAUGUCGUCGACUGUGGUACUGUGAGAUACUUGGAGUCACCACCGAGUUGCUCAAGCAGUGUGCUGAUGGUAAGAUCUUCACCAAUUAA